AAUAGCCCUACGGGCUUACAGGCACACACCGUUUGGUUUGUAUUGUCAUGCCAUUUAAGGUUAGCUUGAACUAAGUCGCGCGCCAUCGUGAAUGACACGGAGUUUACUAUAAAACAUGGUCGCGAGAGUCGAUCCUUGUGUCAUUUCAAAGUGACAAGCUAACUGUCAACAUGUUCAAGUCGUUUUUGGUGCUGUUCGUUGCUGUGCUGCUGAUUGGCGGGAGCCAACAGGCACCGCAGUCGACAUCUUCAGGUACCGGCGCUGGUGGCGGCGUAGGAGGAGGAGCCAGUGCUGGUGCAGGGUUCAGCUUUGGCGCCGGUGUAGGUGGCAACGCGGGAGCAGGGGCUGGCGCAGGCGGCUCAGGCUGAUUGUGAACACAAUGGAGCAGGACCGUUCAGUAUUAUCUACAGAUUAACAAAAUACAUCACUCGAAAUACCUACUUAUUAACAACCGUUCUUCAGUGCAGUGUAGUUUUACAAUAAAACUUAACAAUAAAUA